AAUAGAUGUGAAUGUCGCCAAGAUCGGCAUCAUCUUAAAUAGUAGACAGUAGAACAGGUACAGCGCUAUCAAAUCCUAGGAUACCCCUUUGAGGGAUUCAUUCAAAUACCAGGAGGAGAAACUGAAGGAGAAUAAAGUUGACCAUGCGUUUCCUCCGGAACAGCCACCAACGGCUACUUGCGUAUACCAAGCUCCUGACUUCCUAUGUGAACCAAGGCCAUCACCACCAAGCCCUCACCCUCUUCUCCCAGUUGUUCUCCAGCCCCGACCUCGCUCUGGACCCAUAUGCCUUCCCCCUCGCCCUCAAGUCUUCCGCCGCCCUUCACCUCCCGCACUCCGUGGCUCUGAUCCAUGCCCAUGCCGUCAAGGCCGGUCUGCUCUCUAACCCAUUCGUUGCAUCCGCUCUCGUUGAUUCUUGUGGCAAAUGCAUCUCCAUUACCUCUGCCCGACAAUUGUUCGAGGAAUGUCCGCAGCGAAAUGUUGUCGUGUGGAAUGCGAUGAUUUCUCUCUACUCCCGUUCUAACGAUAUAACCAACGCGCUGCGGUUGUUUGAGCUCAUGGAUGUCACUCCCACCGAGUCAUCCUACAAUUCAAUAAUCGCGUCACUCGCAGAGUCCGAUGACGGGUCGUCUCGAGCCCUCGGUUUCUAUCGGCGGAUGCAGGGAUCGGGUUUGAAGCCCAACCUGAUCACGGUUCUAGCACUCUUACCUGCUUGUGUAAGCAUUGGCUCAUUGAAUUUGAUCAAAGAAGUUCAUGGGUUUGCCAUGAGACAUCACAUCCAACUGCAUUCCCACCUGUCCAGCGGACUCGUUGAAGCUUACGGCCGGUGCGGUUGUUUGAUCGAUGCACGUAAAAUUUUCGAUCAGAUGCCGGAGAGGGACGUGGUAGCAUGGAGCUCCAUGAUAUCAGCGUAUGCAUUCCAUGGCAACGCUCGAAUUAUGAUGUCUCUUCUUCAGAAAAUGGAAAGGGACAGUGUACGGCCAGAUGGGAUUAUGUUUCUUAGCGUGUUGAAGGCAUGCAGUCAUGCCGGACUUGCAGAUGAUGCAUUGGAAUAUUUCGAGCUAAUGACCAAGCACUAUGGAGUGGAGGCAGGCAGUGAUCACUACUCGUGCUUGGUGGAUGUUUUGAGCCGAGCAGGGAGAUUGAAUGACGCUCAUGAGGUUUUACAGGGGAUGCCGGUGAAAGCAACUGCUAAGGCUUGGGGGGCGCUUCUUGGGGCUUGCCGGAAUCAUGGAGAAGUUGGGCUUGCGGAGAUUGCAGGAAGAGCGUUGUUUGAGAUAGAGCCAGAGAACGCAGGGAGCUUUGUUCUGCUGUCAAGUAUUUACGCUGCUGCAGGGAAAUACGAGGAGGCAGAGAGGGUCAGAAGACAGAUGGAGGAAAGAGGUGUUAAGAGGAUGCCGGGAAGCAGUUGGUUUAUAUCUCGCAAGUCUUAAAAAGUUGUAGCUCAUCAUCACCAAAGUUCUAGUUCUAGAUUAGGACUUUUACAGGCUUCUGGGGAUUCCUUAGCCUUGAUCAUGCAUGUCGGAUUGGGACAUCGAUCUGAAAAAUUUUGUGGUGAAGUCUUUUAAUUAAAUUUUUGUUUGUAAGAAGCAGAUGAAGAUUAGGAUGCUGAUGGUGUAAAAGUUGUAUUGUUUGCAAGAAUUCCCUUGUCAGCGUGUCUUCAUCCACAGAGAUUCUUUAUUUCCUACUUAUUCAUGUCAUUAUUUCGCAUAUGGAGAGCAUUAGCCUAACAAGCAUGCUCUUUUAUUUUGUGAUCAUCUUGUUCAAAGAUGACAAGAUGUUACAUUGGAAAGAGCCCUAAAUAAAGGAAAUUUAGGGAGGACACGGACGAGAAGGAACUCAUUGUGCUUUCAGCGAUGCUCCAUCAUGAAUCUUUGACGGUGCGAAGACUGAUGGCACAUUCCUAAUACUCAUGUAAUGGCAAAUUGUGAAGCCAUCGAACCAAGGGUUGCAGCUGCAGAGCAAUAUCUCCCAGGUUAAGCGGUCAUGAACUGAUGUUUUUGUAGAGGCUGUUAACUAAGUUAUUUGUAGUUAAUGAACAUCUUUAAGUAAUUUCUGCCAGAAUAUCUUUUUCCGUGCAAUGCAUUGGUCCAUAUUUACAGCUUAAUCACAUUCCAGUCAGUAAAUUGAAAUGUACUUAGUUGCGUGUGAGUAUUUUGGAAUCUAUAUGCUUUUGUAAAUUGAAAUAAUUUCUUUUUCUGAUUCUGAAGUCGUCAUAAUGAGCAUAAAUUUGGCAAAGCUUCUUCCCUUGUUUUGUACAUUAUUAUAGGACUAUUUGAAGCAUAAAAUGGACUUAUUUGGAUUGGGACUUAUUAGCUUUCUGGUGAUAAUAAAUUACCUUUUAUCAUUUUAAUAAAGAAGCACACUCUCCCUUUGUUAAAAUGUUCAAGACUAUCAUACAUCUUGGUGAAGUAUGAAGUGACAUUUUGCUCACAGCCUGUAUUUUAUUUUAACUUUUAUGUAUCCCUUUAAAAUUAGUGCAUAUUCAAUUUCUGAAGAUUAUUGGUGUGGUUAGUUAUCAAAUAAUGAUCACAAUGUCAGAAGAAGUAUGAAGAUGCCUGCUUGUCUAGGCAGGCACCUGGUCAUCCAUGCAUUUUCAAGUUAUGCGAGCGAAAUUUCAGAUUAGUCCAAACUACUACUUGGCAAAUUUACUUUAAACAAAUGUUUCAGUUUUUGUAAGUUUUCCUUGUAAACCUUUAAACAGAGAAUGGUUAGCUUUAACCAGUAUAGGAAGUUAUUGCAAAGCCAUUGCUUGUAACUCCAUACAUCACUUGGACAAAGAUUCUUUGAUGUGUUCUGCCAAGGGAUCUAUAAUGAAUUUCCUCUGCAAGUGUUUCUAGAAACAUUAGAGGAUAUGAAAUUCAUUUCUGUAAAUGUCUGACAUCCUGCAGUUUAACAGAAUCAGAGAACUUUCCUCAGAAUAGUAAUAUAGUGGCAACAUAUUCCGACAUCCUGAUAUAUGUCUUUGAUUGUUAUUGUUAUGCUAUAGUUUUAUAUAGAUACUGACACACACAUAUCAACCUCAGGCUCUAUUUUUAUUUUUUAAGGAUUGAAAGUUGAACCUAGUGUUUCAAGCAAGGUUCACCAAAUACCGGCAUGGUUCGGCCAGUUGAAUCCAGAUGCUUUAAUCCCUCUCCUAAAACCCUCUCCAGCUCUCCCAAUGCUCUUGAAGUCCUCACCUCCCCUCUCUCUCCCUCUCCCGCCUUCUCCAGCCUCUAUCCUCCGACAACUCCCCAACAGUGUCCUAUCCACAUCCAACAAUGACGACAUCCCAAAUAGGUAAGCUCUCUCCCCCCCCCCCCCCCUACCGUCAAUUAGUCGUCAGAUGGCUUGAAGCCCUCGCAAUGUCCUCACCUCUCCUAUCUCUCCUUUCCUCUCUUGCCUCUGCUCUCCCAUCUCACCCCUUGGCCUUGGUCCUCUGAUGAUGCCAUCCGAUGGCAUACCAUCCACAUCUGAUGAUGAAAAUGACAACAUCCCAGCCAGGCGAGUCCUCUUUCUUGCUCUCAAUCUCCACCACCAGAUCCUAAGGCAUCGGCCUUUCCCUCCUUCCCCCUCCUUCAUCCUAAGGGGAAAAAAUGCAUGUGCAAGUUGCAUGAAGAUUUAAUGUUGGUGCUAGCAUUCUAUAUCUUUUGUUCCAUGUAAAUUUUGAAAGGCGAAUUCAAUGGGAGGAACAAGAUGGUAGUCCUUUGGUCUUAUAAGUUUCACUCAGGAAGUGACUUUUCCUUCAUCUUUUUCUGGUUUUCUUUUAGAUCAAAUUCUGAAUAUUUUACUCUUACUCUACUUCUUACUACGGAAUGGGUGUUUAUAAAGAGCUGAGCCUUCUUUGACAGUGUCUAACUUGUGCACACUGCUAGAAGUUUUCAGGUCAGUACUUGGUUCGUGCGAGUGGAUGUCUAUUGUUAAUGAAGUGCAGAAAUUUUAAGGUCCGCUGACUCUAAUACAAGAUGCAAAACUUUCAGCCUUAAGUGCACGUUCCUAUUUAUUAUAUUUUAGUCCUUAUAAAUGUAUAUAUCUGACUUAUGUAAAUCUGCAGUCCUUUCCAAUCUUGCUCCUCCAGUUUAAGGGUCAGUUAGUUAUAAGAGAAUUUUUUGUCAAAAUAGAUGUUCUUAGCUCUGUUUUUUUGUUUCAAACAAGAUGAGACUGCAUGGUGUAAAAAAACUGGUUGCUGAAUA